AUGUGGACCGUGAAACCGGCGCCGAUGCCGGUUCAGUUUCUAACUGGACGAACCGGAGCAGUUUCCGUGGGCGAUUCACAGCCUCCGCCGCGUAAUUACGACGGAAUCCGCCAUCGGUUCUGUAACUUCGCGACGAAGUCGCAUACAUCCGAAACCAAAUCCGUCGGCAGAUUAGGCCAACAAAUCCUACUAAGCUCCGCCGAAUCGAACCCGAGUAAACCGAUCUCCAAGGAAAAGCAGAUGAGUGGUUCCGACGUGCUAUGGGCGAUUCAGAGAGCGACGGCUCAGAGGAAGAGAUCGACCGCCGAUAAACAGAGGAAGAAGAAAAUAACAAGUGUGGAGCUGUCAUCCUCUGCGGCCGAGUCCUCUGAAGAUAACGGUGGAAGCAACGCCGUUGAUUACAGUAACGUGAGGCCGUUAAGGAUCAAGAGUGAUUGGGGACACAGAUUGGAGGAAUUUGAGAAGAUUCUCAAAGAGUUUCAAGACACGGAACUUUGA